UUUAUUUGGAUGAUAAUGGCUGUGGUCCAAGAUCACCUUUUAGGAAGAGUUCCUUCCACACGAGGGAGCCCUCGAGUAGUGGUUAUUCCUCCAGACAGCUGUGCACCGAACCAGCACUAGCCCACAGCCACCGCAGCACGCUGGCUUGGCUGACUCAGAGACAGGAAGGGUUGGGCACAAUGGGACAGGUCCAGCAAAACAUGAGUAGGCCUGCAAACAACAGCUGUUGAAGUGCAGCCCAGAUAAUAACGCCAGAAUGAGCCUCCCCAAAAGGGUCUCCCUCUGGACCGUGGUGGAUGUGUUUGAUUGGGUCAAGGAGCAGUACCCCUACCAAAAGAGUGUCCUCCAACUAGCCAUCUUCAAGCAUGACAUAUCCGGCCGAGCUCUGCUGAGGAUGGGUGAACACCAGUUGGAGAGGAUGGGGGUGGAGGUGGAGCAUCUUCAGGAGAUCAUACUGGACAUUCUUCUCCUCAGGGUCCAGGAGGAACUUGAGAACCUUAACGACAUCUUCUCUGAGUGUUUCUCUUCAUGACUAUAACAGAAGAAGAGGCCUGAGAUAUCAUUAUUUAGUCCAUCUACGGUGUGGAGGACUAGAGAAGAAAAAAUACAUUUGCCUUCAGUAGUCAUUGACCUGAAGAAGGCUGCCAGAUUGGUUUUGGCAUGGUUGUAGUUUUACUGACACGUCUGUGAAUCAAGCCCUUGCCCCUCGCUCUGCGCUGCUCUUGUGGUCUUAUUUUUCACAAUACUCAAUACACUAUGUGGCAGCUAUUGCAGAGGGAGAACAUCAUUCCCCACUUGAACAGGGGAUACAGUGCAUCCCUCAUCUGGACUAAAUGUUGCCAUCCCGUACCCAGCAGUGAUUUGGCUAGCUAAUGGCCUGUUAUAUUACUCUCAGGAGACCCUGUGUGAAUUAGAAUGGAGAGUAAGUAAAUUAGUCCUGAGUUUAAUGCAGGGACACAUGGCCAUAAUUUAGAUAACAACCCAAAUGCUGCUCAAACCUAUUAGGCCCUACACAGGGAACAUAAUAGGGAUCAUUUAAUGGGAAGUUUCUGGCAGAGACAAAAUGGCUUUAAAGUUUUAUGUAUUUGCUUAUAUAGUUUUAUGUUGGAGUAGGAAUGUUGUGUCCUCUGACUGAAACUCGUCUUUAUUUAGCUUUUGUUGCUCCACACCUCAUGUUUGUAAGAUGUCAGUAGAGUUUUUCUGUCUGUCAAAUACAAUGCAAUGUCUAGCAAAUCUUUAAAUGGAACACAACUACGUAUAGAAUCCCUCCAGUAUGACUACCCAGCUAGGAAUGUACUCUAUGCAGAUAUAUCCUAUUUUAUUUGCUCCUAGAACAUAUUCAUAUAAACAGUUCAUUCUGUAAUCAUGUGCUUGCUUAAAUUACUCAGAGAUAACAGUUUUGCAUAUUAAGUGGAGCAAAUAAAAGUGCUAUGUUUGCAAAUACUAAA